UUUCUGAAGGAAAGAAGCUCAGUUGUGCAGCAAUGGCGCCAGUUUUACCGAGCACUCAGCAAUGGGUCGAGAAAUAUCGGCCGAAGCAAGUGAAGGAUGUUGCGCACCAAGAAGAGGUCGUUCGAGUUCUCACCAACACUUUGGAAACCACUAAUUGUCCGCACAUGCUAUUCUAUGGGCCUCCUGGUACGGGGAAAACGACUACAGCUCUCGCCAUUGCUCACCAGCUUUAUGGGCCGGAGUUAUACAAGUCUAGAGUACUGGAGCUGAAUGCUAGUGAUGAUCGUGGGAUAAACGUUGUUCGUACGAAAAUUAAGAAUUUUGCUGCUGUUGCUGUUGGCUCUGCACGUCAAGGUGGUUAUCCUUGCCCGCCUUACAAGAUUAUAAUUCUUGAUGAGGCAGAUUCGAUGACUGAAGAUGCCCAGAAUGCCUUGCGACGCACUAUGGAGACAUACUCUAAAGUUACAAGAUUCUUCUUCAUUUGUAACUACAUUAGCAGAAUUAUCGAACCCCUUGCAUCUAGGUGUGCGAAGUUUAGAUUCAAACCACUUACAGAAGAAAUUAUGACAUCUCGCAUUCUUUAUAUCUGCAAUGAGGAAGGUCUUAACUUGGAUUCAGAGGCACUUUCAACCUUAAGUUCUAUCUCUCAAGGUGAUCUGCGUCGUGCUAUAACAUAUCUACAAGGUGCUGCUCGCUUAUUCGGAUCCUCAAUUUCAUCUAAGGACUUAAUCAGCGUGUCUGGUGUCAUCCCCGAUGGCGUUGUGCAGGCUCUCUUUACAGCUUGCAAAAGUGGUGAUUUCGACAUAGCUGAUAAAGAAGUAAAAAAUGUGAUUGCUGAAGGCUAUCCAGCUUCUCAGAUGCUCAAUCAUUUGUUUGAUGUAGUUGUCGAAUCAGAUGACAUACCAGAUGACCAGAAAGCAAGAAUAUGCAAGAAAUUUGGAGAGGCAGAUAAGUGUCUUGUAGAUGGAGCAGACGAGUAUUUGCAACUGUUGGAUGUGGCUAGCAAUAUCAUGCGUGCGCUAAAUAACAUGCCACAGGAAUUCCCUUUCGGAAGUUAGGCGCCUGCUCCUCCGUUGAGAUGUCAACUUUUUGCCCAAGUCUAGGAUUGCCUACAUACACCGCAAUGUUUCACCCGUUGUCAAACUACGUCGUACCACUGAUUGUUUAAGCAAUGUAGGCAUUCAGUUUAAUUCUCACUGGAAAUUUUGGUCAAGGUGAAAAAUGAAGUUUAUGUAUUCUAUGUAAUCAAAAUUUGGGUUAAUGUGCAAAAUGAGAACCUUGUGAAAAUUAUCGCUUCAA